GCCCGGCCCCGUCGAAUCAAAACCACCACCGUGUGCUCGUUUUACCCCUCACGGAAAAUUUCCCGUCUCCCCGUCUCGUCUCGCUUCGCCCCCAACCUCCCCUGCGCAGCCCCCAGAUCCGGCACCGCCCGCUCCUCGAUCCCCGCGCCCCACGCCCGUAGGUCGGGGGUUGCGUUGCGCCCCGGGCAGGAGGAGGAGCGCCAUGGCGGCGCCGCCGGCGAGGGCCCGGGCCGACUACGACUACCUUAUUAAGCUGCUCCUCAUUGGGGAUAGCGGUGUCGGCAAGAGUUGCCUCCUAUUGCGGUUCUCCGAUGGUUCCUUCACUACAAGCUUUAUUACCACAAUUGGUAUUGAUUUUAAGAUAAGAACAAUAGAGUUGGAUGGCAAGCGCAUCAAGCUACAGAUUUGGGACACAGCAGGCCAAGAACGCUUCCGGACCAUUACCACUGCAUACUACCGAGGAGCUAUGGGCAUCCUGCUGGUUUAUGACGUCACUGAUGAGUCUUCUUUUAACAACAUCCGAAACUGGAUUCGGAACAUUGAGCAACACGCCUCUGAUAAUGUCAACAAAAUAUUGGUUGGCAAUAAGGCAGAUAUGGAUGAGAGCAAAAGGGCUGUACCUACUGCAAAAGGACAAGCGCUUGCUGAUGAGUACGGGAUCAAGUUCUUUGAAACUAGUGCCAAGACAAACCUUAACGUGGAGCAAGUGUUUUUCUCCAUUGCACGUGACAUCAAGCAGAGGCUUGCCGAGACAGAUUCCAAGCCUGAGGACAAGGCAAUCAAGAUUAACAAGCCGGAUGCCACCGAGACACCAGUUGGCCAGAAAUCUGCUUGCUGCGGCUCAUAAGCGAAGCACAAUGUCUGUGGUCGUUGGUUAUUUGACUUUAUUUAUUUCCCGCUUGGCUGUUAUAGGAAGAAUUUGAAGAAGCCACUUUGAUAUACUGAUGUGGUUGUACUUGUGUUUGCUUCCCCUCUUUGAAGCAACCACCUCUUGCUGUUGACGUAGCUAUUGCUAUUGCCGGGAGCUAUUGCACUCUGGAUUUCGGUCCAUUGAAAAACCUCCCCCCUCCCUACAGUGUGUAAUGAAUGAAAUCCAUGUCGUUGGGUUUGCAUUUUAUCGAUCAAUGCAUGGAAUAAGGUGUUGCUCUGCGUGCA